AUGCUCGUCAUGAUUAACUUUCUUCUGCUUUAUGGAAUUUUUAUUAUCUCUGGUUUAACCAGUGCACAAAAACAAACAAAAUCAUGUGAAGUAUGCAUUAUUGAUUCAUUUUGUACAGAUGAUACAAUCUAUUUUAAUAUUUCAAUAUCAAAAUAUUGUCAAAAUCCUUUGAAAACAUCUUUUACGCACUAUACAGAUAUUGAUUCAAAACCUCAUCAUAUUAAUCAAAUAAUUAAUUGUAACAAUUGCCACAUAAAUAUUCCAAUAGAAUCUGUUCACGAUGCUUGGGAUUAUACAUUAAGACUUGUAUUUCCUGAAUCAUCCAAAACUUGUCCGACACAAUAUACUGCUCAUUGUGGAGGAACAGUAUCAUACUUAAUUUGGUUUAUUACAGGUGGUCUUUCAGCUUUAUUCAUUAUACUUGGUGGUCUACUAUGUUGUAUAAAACAUGAACGUAAUCGUAAAAAAUCUUGUUCAAAUUUACGCAAAUGUCGUUUUACCAAUUGUGAUUUGAACCUUUAUGCACAUAGCGAACAUAAUUAA